CAACUUCAUACCUACUAGCUAGGUACUUGUACCUAUCGAACUCUCCCAUCUACUAGCAGUAGAUGAAGGCAAAAAACAACGACUGAGGGACGAGAUAUCAAUCUCCAUUUCGAUCCACAUUUUCUAUUCUCCAAUCACGUCUUGGCUCCAGGUUCUCGCUUUGAUCUCACCUUCGAACAUUCAGCCCGAGGAACGUCCUAACUCGUCAAUCAAGCUGCUGCUGCUCAGUGGAAACUAUGCGACCGUAUCACUUCAGCCUUCUCCCCGCGCUCUCUCUUUCCCCCCCCCUUUCAGCGGCCAUCUCCUCACCCCAGCCGCUGUCAGCCGAGAUUUUAUGCUGGCCCGUGUCUUCCCCUGAACCCACCAUCUUCGCUCGCGUCUCUUACGAGUCGACCGCCCUGCAAUCGGAGCUCAUAUCCUAUGCAGCCCCAAAGAUCAACUCUUGCGGGGAUCAUGAAUCACAGGAUGCACCUCAGGACUUGAUUCGUCUAGGCUUGUACACCACUACAUCUACAAAUGCCAGGCAAUGGGUAGGCACACUCGCAUCACGGUCUUCACUCGCAGGAAGCAAGGACCACAGGCCAACGCUCCGGCUCCAUAUCGGUCUAUCCAAUGAUAUCUACUACGUUGACUUACUACCUUCGACCUCUUCGGCAACUUCUUUCACCAUAGUAAGCCCUCAAUUAGAGCUAGUCUCCAAUCAAACCGGUCCGCGCCCACAUCUUCAUCAACCUGUCAUACUUGGGCCGAAUGGUAAAACGGCGGAGGAAGUUGCUGAGAAAACGUUUUUCCAAAAGUACUGGUGGCUCUUCCUUGUCAUAACAUUUUUGGCUAUGUCCGGCGGUGGUGAAAGUCAGUAGGUUCUCUGCAGGAUUCCUGCGUAAUUCUGUCAUAGCUCUUUGACAUGAAGUAGCUAGCAUCAUUUGGCCAAUACUCUUGGUGGGUUCGAGCCUCUUAAGUAUCAGACUUGUAUCGUUUCCGAGAAAAUUCAAUACGCGCAACCCUUUUUUGUGCAAUUACUUUUGAA